GCCCCAGGUGCUGCUGGCGCUGGGAGCCACGGUGUCUCCUGGACGCAGCCGGUUGGCGGUUCCGAGUAGCCGCAGCCUGAGUCUUGGGUGGGGGAGGGAAGCAGCCGGAGCCGCCGCAAGCCACACGUGAAAGAAAAGCACAAGAAGAAACUUUUACAGUCAUUUUGAGUUGACUAGUACGCUGAUCCCCCAAAUCAAAGUAAAGGUUAUCAUAAGCUACCCUCCAUAAGAAGGUACUGGUCAAAUGAUGAAGAUUUGGGUAUAUGCAUCAAAAAUGCAGUGUCAAGAAAUCAUUUCCAGGAGCUGAAAAGUACCAUACAUUUUUGCAACAAUAAUGAAUGGCAAGAGAAUUUUGAAGAUAAAGGUUUUAAAAUUCAUCUUCUAAUAAAUAAGAUACAAAAAUCAUGCAUGAACUUUGGUAUCUUUGAAGAAUGUUUGACAGUGGAUGAAAUGGUUAUCAGAUAUCAUGGACCCAGUUUGCUGAAACAGUUUAUAAGAGAAUUUUGAGGCUGAUGGUCAUAUAGAAGAAAUCCUUGAACUUAUAGUUUUCUGAAGAAUCAGUUCAAAAGAUCCCCAAAGUACAAAAGGAGAAGUACAAAUGUCUACCACAAGACGAAAACGUAAUAUGUUAUGUUGUUUACCGUAAGCUGUAGUAAAAUGAGCUCAAUUGUUGACAGAGAUGACAGUAGUAUUUUUGAUGGGUUGGUGGAAGAAGAUGACAAGGACAAAGCAAAAAGAGUAUCAAGAAACAAAUCUGAAAAGAAACGAAGAGAUCAAUUUAAUGUUCUUAUUAAAGAACUGGGAUCCAUGCUUCCUGGUAAUGCUAGAAAGAUGGACAAAUCUACUGUUUUGCAGAAGAGCAUUGAUUUUUUACGAAAACAUAAAGAAAUCACUGCACAGUCAGAUGCUAGUGAAAUUCGACAGGACUGGAAACCGACAUUCCUUAGUAAUGAAGAGUUUACACAAUUAAUGUUAGAGGCUCUUGAUGGUUUUUUUUUAGCAAUCAUGACAGAUGGAAGUAUAAUAUAUGUGUCUGAGAGUGUAACUUCAUUACUUGAACAUUUGCCAUCUGAUCUUGUGGAUCAAAGUAUAUUUAAUUUUAUCCCAGAGGGGGAACAUUCAGAGUUUUAUAAAAUACUCUCUACCCAUCUGCUGGAAAGUGAUUCAUUAACUCCUGAAUACUUAAAAUCAAAAAAUCAAUUAGAGUUCUGUUGUCAUAUGCUUCGAGGAACAAUAGAUCCAAAGGAGCCAUCUACCUAUGAGUAUGUGAGAUUUAUAGGAAAUUUCAAAUCUUUAAACAGUGUAUCUACUGCUGCACAUAAUGGUUUUGAAGGAACCAUACAACGCACACAUAGACCUUCUUAUGAAGAUAGGGUUUGUUUUGUAGCUACUGUCAGGUUAGCUACACCUCAGUUUAUCAAGGAAAUGUGUACUGUUGAAGAACCCAAUGAAGAGUUUACAUCUAGACAUAGUUUAGAAUGGAAGUUUCUAUUUCUUGAUCACAGGGCACCACCAAUAAUAGGAUAUUUGCCAUUUGAAGUUUUGGGAACAUCAGGCUAUGAUUACUAUCAUGUGGAUGACCUAGAAAAUCUGGCAAAAUGUCACGAACACUUAAUGCAAUAUGGGAAAGGCAAAUCGUGUUAUUAUAGGUUCCUGACCAAAGGGCAGCAGUGGAUUUGGCUUCAAACUCAUUAUUAUAUCACUUAUCAUCAGUGGAAUUCAAGGCCAGAGUUUAUUGUUUGUACUCACACUGUAGUAAGUUAUGCAGAAGUUAGGGCUGAAAGACGACGAGAACUUGGCAUUGAAGAGUCUCUUCCUGAGACAGCUGCUGACAAAAGCCAAGAUUCUGGGUCUGAUAAUCGCAUAAACACAGUCAGUCUCAAAGAAGCAUUGGAAAGAUUUGAUCACAGUCCAACCCCUUCUGCCUCCUCCCGGAGUUCAAGAAAAUCAUCUCAUACAGCAGUCUCAGACCCUUCCUCAACACCAACAAAGAUCCCAACAGAUACUAGCACUCCUCCCAGACAACAUUUACCAGCUCAUGAAAAGAUGGCUCAAAGGAGAUCAUCAUUUAGUAGCCAGUCCAUAAAUUCCCAGUCUGUUGGUCCAUCAUUAACACAGCCAGUGAUGUCGCAAGCUGCAAAUUUACCAAUUCCACAAGGCAUGUCCCAGUUUCAGUUUUCAGCGCAGCUAGGAGCCAUGCAGCAUCUGAAAGACCAGUUGGAGCAACGGACACGGAUGAUAGAGGCAAAUAUUCAUCGGCAACAAGAAGAACUAAGGAAAAUUCAAGAACAACUUCAAAUGGUCCAUGGUCAAGGGCUGCAGAUGUUUUUGCAGCAGUCAAACCCUGGGUUGAACUUUGGUUCUGUUCAGCUUACUUCUGGAAAUUCAUCUAACAUCCAGCAACUCACACCUGUAAAUAUGCAAGGCCAGGUUGUUUCUACUAACCAAAUUCAAAGUGGAAUGAAUACUGGACAUAUUGGUACAAGUCCGCACAUGAUACAACAACAGACUUUACAGAGUACAUCUACUCAGCAGAAUCAACAAAGUGUACUGAGUGGGCACAGUCAGCAAACGUCUCUUCCCAGUCAGACGCAGAGCACUCUUACAGCCCCACUGUAUAAUACUAUGGUGAUUUCUCAGCCUGCAGCUGGAAGCAUGGUCCAGAUUCCAUCCAGUAUGCCACAGAACAGUACCCAGAGUGCUGCAGUAACUACAUUCACUCAGGACAGACAGAUAAGAUUUUCUCAAGGUCAGCAACUUGUGACCAAAUUAGUGACUGCUCCUGUAGCUUGUGGGGCAGUCAUGGUACCUAGUACUAUGCUCAUGGGUCAGGUGGUGACUGCCUAUCCUACUUUUGCUGCACAACAGCAGCAGGCACAGACACUGUCAGUAACGCAGCAGCAACAGCAGCAGCAGCAGCAGCAGCAACAGCAACAGCAACAGCAACAGCAACAGCAGAGUUCCCAGGAACAGCAGCUUCCUCCAGUUCAGCAACCAUCUCAGGCUCAACUGACUCAAACACCACAGCAGUUUUUACAGACUUCUAGGUUGCUCCAUGGGAAUCCUUCAACUCAGCUCAUCCUCUCUGCUGCAUUUCCACUACAACAGAGCACCUUCUCUCAGUCACAUCACCAGCAACACCAGUCUCAGCAACAGCAGCAACUUAGUCGGCACAGGACUGACAGUUUGACUGAUCCUUCUAAGGUUCAAUCACAGUAGCACAAGUACUUCCUCCAGCGCCAAAGGAGGAAGGUGGUGGUCCAUAAAUGUUGCUCAGAUGACCUGAGGUUAGGAGGAAAAGUUCCAGAAGUUUCAUGAGAUACAGUAUUGAGUGCUCUAGUUCCUGGAAUUAGUUGGUAGGGAAAAUGUGCCUAGUGCUAUAGAUGUACGUUAAAUACCAGCCAGCAGAAGAUGAUCAUAGGGACAUAGCCAAUUCUGACAGUGUUUCAGUUGCCCAGAUAUUUUUUGAUGGAAAAAGAGUAUAUUGCCAAAUGUUAAGAAGCUCAGCUAUGAAAUGACCUCCAGUGAAUCAGAAAGGCACUAACAAUGUUAGUCACUUCUAGUGGUCUGUGCCUGUUAUCAAGUGUUACAGAGGACACACCACUGCCAUGUCAGGGGUUUGCUUACAAUGAUGCCAUGAAGAUAAUCUAGUAGUCAAUAGCCCCCACCUUAAGCCCCUCUCCCUUUUCAGAUAAUGAUGGAACAGUAAUUUCAGAAUGUUGUGUGGAUUUAAAUUUUUUGUGUACAGAUACUGUAAAAAUAUGUAUAUGUCUGGAUGAAGGAGAGAAAGCAAAACAUUGUGUAAGCUGCAUGAAAGCAUUCUCUCUUCCAUAUGAGUACAUUUCAUUAGAUUCCGACACCAUGUACAAACUGAUACAUCAGUCUCUGUUUUUCCUUUUGUUUACAACAUAAUAGUGUUCUAUUCACUUUUCCAGGGCACAAGUCUUUUUGUUCAUACUUUGGCUGUGAUGUCACAGUUUGUUCAGUGAGGUAUGAUGUGCUGCUGGGAAUGGAUUUUUUUUUUCAGGUUAAAUUAUUGAUACAACAAGACUUUCAAGUUAUUCAGAAAUAUCCCUCAUUUCAUUAUUUUUGUUUGAAAAUAGGAUUUGCACUGCUUUAUUUUAGAUGGUUGGGAGUUUGAUCACAUAUUUUGAUAUAUUUCAUUGUUGCAAAUAUUUAUGUAAAUGGUUUUCAACAAGCCUGAAAGUAAUUUCAAGAAUGUUUCAGUUAUAGGAAUAAAAUUUGCACACAAACAUAGGCACUUUUUAACAUUCCCAAUGGUGGGAUUUUUAACUUUUAGGAUUUGUUGGAAUCUUUUUAUUAUCCUUCACAAUUUCAAUGCUUCUUUUAGUCAGAAAUGAUUCAGGGUUAUUUGAGGGGGGGGAAACCCAUAGUGCCUUGAUUUUAAUUCAGGUGAUAACUCACCAUCUUGAACUUGUCUGGUUUCAGUAGCAGUUUUUGAAACCUUAGUACAUUUUUAACAGCAUGUGGGUGUCAGUGUCAUUAUUCUCCUAAGUUCCUAUGAAGACUGCUGUGAGUCUCUUGGACUGGGGUACAAAUAAUUUAGAAAUAAAAAAGAUGACAACCUAACACUACACACUUUAAAGGUUCCCAAAUUUGUUUCCUAAAUUAAAUAGUCGCUGGGCGUGGUGGUGUAUGUCUGUAAUCCCAGCGGCUAGGGAGGCUGAGACAGGAGAAUUGCGAGUUCAA